AAUGAUACUAUUUAUACACAAACUAAAACAACUGUGAUUUACUAAAACUAAACUUAUAGCAAUACCACCGAAAAUGGCUGAAGAACUAAAGCCCGUAAAUGAAGAAGACUUAAAGCAAUUGAAAGAACGUAUGAAUCUUAUAGCCAGUGCAGACCCAGCUCAGUAUCAUAACAGUUAUUCUCUCAAAAGAUAUUUGCGUGCAUUCCAUACGGUCGACAAUGCAUUCCAGGCGAUCCUUAAAACAAAUAAGUGGAGAGUAGAAUAUGGAGUUGCUGUUUUACACAAUAAUAAAGAACUAAUAGAAAAAUAUUCUGAUAAAGCUAAAGUGCUCAGACACAGGGAUGCCAUCGGAAGACCGAUUAUAUACAUUCCAGCCAAGAACUAUAACUCUAGUGAUAGGAACAUUGAUGAGUUAACGAAAUUCAUUGUCUAUUGCUUGGAAGUUGCAAGUAAUAAAUGUUUUGAAGAAGUGGUGGACAACUUGUGUAUUGUUUUCGACUUGAAUAAUUUCACACUAUCUUGCAUGGAUUAUCAAAUAUUGAAGAACUUAAUAUGGUUGCUUAGUCGUCACUAUCCUGAGAGGCUAGGAGUUUGCCUCAUAAUCAAUGCCCCCACAUUUUUCUCCGGAUGUUGGACUGUAAUCAAAGGAUGGCUGGAUGAGAACACAGCUGGUAAGGUGACAUUUGUGAGCUCAGAGAUGGAUCUCUGUAAAUACUUCAUACCUGAUAUAUUGCCAACUGAUAUGUAAUUAAUAAACGAAUAAUUUUGAAAUGUCUUAAAGCAUUGAAACUAAAAUAUACAUAAAAAUGUGUGUGUCAGCUGCAAUUUGUAACUGGAGUUUACACAGUGCGAGAGUGUGGCAUUUAAAAUACCAUAGGCAAAAGGAUAAUAUGUAAAGCAUGUAUAUAUAUUACAAUAAUAACUUUAUUUAAAUUGAUUUGAUAAAACAUGAUACUGUAUAACCCAUGGUACAAAAAAUAAUACACACGUUGUCAUCUAUGGACAGGGACAAUUACCAUAUUAUAGUAUUGUGUACUAAACACAUCGUUUUAAGCGGUGAUUGGAGCAUCACU